CCUUGAAGGAGAACUGAACUGUCCGGAUUAACUAAAAUGGAGAUCCCUGAUCUAUCUAUGAAUAGGAUUUCCGGUGAGGUUUAGUUCAGUUUUCCUACAUUUUGCAAUAGGUUUGUUGUUGCCAAUCUUUCUGAUAAUAACUUCGGAGGUAGGAUUGAUGAUGGCUUUGAUGGGCGCCAGAAUCUGUAAUAUCUGGGUUUGAGCUCCAAUAAUGUUGUUGGUGGAUUGUGGACUGGAUUUGUUAGGCUUGUGGACUUUUCUGUUGCUGAUAAAUAAUCUUUCUGGUUCAAUUUCUGAAUCAACUUUUUGGGAAAAUUGUAGCCUGCAAGUUAGGACUUGUCAGGAAACAAUUUCAGUGCUGAACUUUCAGGGAAGAUGUCAAAUUGCAAGAAUUUGGUUGACUUGAAUUUGUGGGGAAACAAUUUUACAGGACUGAUUCCGGCAGAAAUAGGGUCCAUUUCAACUCUUGAAGGGUUGUUCUUGGGGCGCAACAGUUUUGAUAGGGUUAUUCCAGAAACCUCUGUGAAUCUGCAGAAUUUGGCCUUUCUGGACUCGGACAAGAAUGAAUUUGGAGGGGAUAUACAAGAGAAAACCAUGGUGCUCGUGAAGAAGAUGACUCUGUAUCAGCAUUUGAUUGGAAAAUUGCAGUGUCGAGUUACUAUUGUGGACUGGUAUUGGGGCUGAGUCUCGGUUACAUUGUGUUCACAACAGGAAAACCAUAGUGCCUCGUGAAGAAGGUAGAGUUAUUUCAACAGAAAUUUGUUCAAAGGUGCAACCGCAGGCAUAAAAGAAGAAAAAACCAACAAUGCA